GGACUCCCUAGGCCGGAGGAACCAGUCGGGUCCCGGCUUCAGGUCGUGGCGGCGUUCAGUUCACAGGCGGGUGCCGUAGCGCGCGGUUAGCCUGCGUACGGUGUUGUACGGAGUGUGUGUUUUCUCGUUGAGCGAAAGAGAUAAAGAGAGAGAGAGAGAGAGAGAGAGCAAAGGGAUUGUCCAAUUUGACACAGAUGAUGAGCGGGGCGGGACAGUGUUAACAGUUUUUCGCGGGUAAUCGUUUGAAUCUGAAGAACGCCGAUGUUGCCCCUCCGUCUUGACUCCAAAAUCUCGGCUCCGAUCCGACGGAUGUAGCAGCACUCGCUCUCUCUCUCGCCGUUCGUGAGAGGAAACGAGUUCGUAUUUUUCCGCCGCGAACGACUCGAUUCGUUUGAAACCUGUCGAUCGUAAUCAGUGGAUAGUGUGAUAUUUGCUUGGUCGCGGAGCGCAACUUUCGGAGCGUCGACGUGCGACGGACGUCAACAAGAAGACGAGAGUGACGCGAUAGAUAAACAGAUCGAGAGGCGCGAGUGGCUGUCUGUCACCGACUCGCUGCCGAGAAAGAGAUAGAGAUAGAGAUAGAGAGAGAGAGAGAGAGAGAGAGAGUUAUCGGCUUUAGGAGAGGGCGUAAUCGAGAGGAGCUCGUAAAGUGAGUGAGUGACAGUGGCGGAAGUGUGUGAUCGCCAAGGCGGCGGAUGAUAGGAAGUUCUUAACGACGCGGGUGUGUAUUACGACGGAGGAUUCAUCGAGAUUCUCUCCCGAGAGACGACGCUCAAAGUCCGGAACGAACAUCUCGACGGUAUCUCGAUUUUUGAGUGAUGUUUUGAACAGCACCGCCGCACGGAAAGAUGAAGACUGCGGUCGGCUCGUUCCUCCUUUUGCUCGUCAGCGGCGUCCUCUCCGUCGAGUGGAAGCACAGUGCUGUCCUCGACAACAAUUUCUUGGUGCUCUGGACGCCCGAUGAGAAGGAUGUUACAUUCGAGAUCCAGGUGAAGACCCUCGGCUACGUCGGUCUCGGUUUCACGAAGGACGAUGGCCGCGCCGGGGCUGACAUGGUCAUCGGAUGGGUCGAUAACAACGGUCAGGUCCACCUUCAGGACCGGCACGUGAAGGAUGCCAGCAGAGAUCCGCAGAUGGAUUCGAGCCAGGACUACCGGCUGUUACUGGGUUACGAGAACAAGACGCACACAGUGCUCCGCUUCAGUAGACGAUACGACACAUGCGACCCGCGGGACCUGAAGAUCACGAACGACACGAUGCAAGUGGUGUGGCAAUAUCAUGUCGAGGAGCCAGUAUCAGCGGCCGGUAUUUUGCCCGAUCAUGGGGCAGUGCGAGGAUCGAGACCGUUAUAUCUGGUACAAAGAGACGCACAACCCAGACGAAACUCGCGUAAUCAGGAAGCGGAGCCGCCUCUGAAGAUCUGGGACAUUGUGAACAAGCAGGUUCGUUUACCCAUGGGGCAAGACACGCUGCUCUGGUGCCGUGUCCUGAGGAUGCCGAGCAUUAAUCAGAAACACCACGUCGUGAAGUACGAACCAGUUAUUCAGCCGGGAAGCCACGAAUACCUUCACCACAUGACCCUGUACGAGUGCCGCGGAGAUCAAGCCGAAUUGGAAUCCGCGGCCGAAACGACCGGGAGUGUCUGUUACGUUCCUGAUAAACCCACAUUCCAGUGCAACACGAUCGCAGCCACUUGGAGCCUCGGUUCUGAGGGCUUUAAUUAUCCGCCGGAGGCCGGAUACGCGCUCAAUCCGCACGCGGGGCCGCGCUACUACAUGCUGGAGACCCACUACACGAACCCGCAGCUGGACGCCUUCAUCAGCGACAGCAGCGGCCUGCGUCUUUUCUACACCGAUCGACUGCGGGCUCAUGAUGCCGGUAUCCUCAGCGUUGGCAUCGACCCGAACUGGCGGCAUAUAAUACCGCCCGGCCAGCCCGAGGUGGUCUCCGAGGGCCACUGCAUCGCCGAUUGCACUGGCCAGACGAUACCGAACAGCGGCAUUAACAUGUUCGCUGUGAUCAUGCACACCCACCAGCUCGGCAGAAAGGUCCGCCUGCGGCAGAUCCGCGCCAGCGAAGAGCUACCGCCGAUCGCCGCCGACACCAACUACGAUCCUAAUUAUCAAGAGUAUCGGAGGCUUCAGAGACCGGUCAAGGUGUACCCGGGUGAUCACUUGGUCGCCGAAUGCACGUACUCGUCCGAGUCUCGGGGAGCCAUUACGCUCGGCGGUCUGGGAACGAGAGAAGAAACUUGUCUGGUGUCCGUUCUCUAUUAUCCUCGUAUUGAAUUAUCUCUCUGUUAUUCUUUACCCUCGCUACCGACAGUGCUGCACAGUUUGGGAAUCCAGAAAUUAAAACAGGGUUCCAGCCCGGUGACGAUCCAAGAGCCGCAAAAGUUGUCAGGCAUGACGCUCGAGGAACGGCUAGUCAGCUACGACUGGGUGACAAACUUCCAAAGUUUCCAGGAGGCCACACGUAGCGGCACGUUUAAGCCGUUGUGCGGUACGAGUAAGGGCGCCCUGCCCGGCACGGACAAUCUCGAGGUGCACUACCCGCGCAUCUUCAGGCCCUACGAAGAGGCGAGCGUGCCCUGCGCGAAGAAGCCACUGCGGAACAAGCUGUCGAUGCUGUUGAGCGAGGACGGUGACAUUGGCGCGCCCGUUGACCCCGACAGCGACGAGUCGAAUGCGGUCGAGCGAGGUCAGCUGGUGCGUAGCAAGGUAUCCCGCAGCAGUGACGCGGGACCCACAGCCGGUAGCUCGUGCGGCCGUACGGUAUCAGCGGCGGUGAUCCUAGCUGCCGUUACCGUCGUCGUCGGCGCUGCGUUCAGGUGAACGUCGCCGCCGGACGAGCAGUCGUUCGAGUUCACUCGGAUCCAGGAUCGUUCAUCGCAAUCGAACCCGUCGCGGUGGGCCGUGCACAACAGCGACAGUAACAGCAGCUGGCGCGUGCGUAUGUUCGCGUAAGUACAUGCCAAUCUGUCAGCGACGCGACACUUAGGUUUAGAUAAGUGUUAUUAUUCUCCGAUCGAAACCGCGUCUGGAAUUUCUCUGGCUGAUUCGAUCGGCGGACUUUCUUUUUCGCGAAGCGUCGUAACGUUUCCGGCGCGGCUAGCGGCUGGCGCGAUCUUCAUCGUGUACCAUAUCGUGUUUCUUACUGAUAUACUGAGAAAAAUUUUCGGAGAAUAAUGAUCGAAUUAGCGUAUCAAAAAGUGACAAUAUAUUUAAAGUCGGAUAGGAAUCAGACUACGGUUUAAUGGGAAUAAAAUCAUCGAAACGUCCGAAAAUGAAUGGAAAAUAAAUACUAUCACUUUUUAAAUGGAUAAUUCGUUUUUUCGAACAUUCUUGAUCGAUGAUUUCAUUUCUAAUAAAGCAUGAUCUGACUUUUAUCCGAUCUAAAUAUCCAUUUGUUACUUUUCGAAAGGAUAAUUUGAUCGGAUAGUUUUCUCAGUGUGUAGGUAAUAUAAGUUACAGCCGUCUCUUCGUUACUCCGAUACUGAAUAGUAAGGCAGUCAAAGCUGAUUCGUGACAUUUAAUUUGCAUUGCAAAUAGUAUUGCAAUAAGUUGUUAAAAAAUUAUUUCUGAAAUUUAACGUAUAGUGCAACAGUUUAUCCAUCGUAUUGAAAUUCGCGUAGUAUUUAAAGACUGAAUUUAUGUACUUUUUAUUACAAGCCUCUCGUAAUGACUUAAUACACAUAAUACACGCGUGUAUCGCGAAGAAUUCGCCAGCCUUUAGUCGAGAACGUCGAACUUUUGCGAGUGGAAAAGGACAAUUGCAAUCAUCAUUCGAUUCGGUGUAGAUGAAAUCUAUAUACAUAUAUAUAUCAUAGAAAACGUAGAGGAAAUUACCGAAUCCACGUUAUCUCGACUUAUAGGUGUUGAAAUAAAAUUAUGGUAAUUUUACGGAGGCAUGUCAUCGAAAAUAUCUCAUCCGCCACAUUCGGAUAUUCGGUUUUAUCAAUAAUAACGUUAAUUCUCUCUUAUAUUAGUACAAUAGCUGCAUAUUAAAAUACAUAAAAAAAUAAAGAGUAAACCUAAUGAAGAAAUUAGAAAUAUUUCGCGAUUUUUUUGUUAAAUUGGACACGCCCUACAGAGAAAUAUCUCUUUUGAAGAUUUGACUAAAAAAAAAACUCUGUUUACAACAUAACUUUCCUCAAAGCAAAUAAUUUGACGAAAGUUAUUUCAGAAGAGUUAUUUUUAGAAGAACAUCAAAUAUCAAACGUGUAAAGUAUUUUCGUGCUGUGUGUAUUUAGAAAAUGUUCUUCCUUCAAGUUUUUAUUUUUGACAUUUGCCAAUUUUUUAAAUUCUGUUAAUUUUACUCUGUCUUCGCUUUCGAAAAUAUACGCAAUUUUGAAACUCUUGAAACUGGAAUAGCGAUAAUCAAAUAUUCAGCUCAGCUAUUUGAAAAUCAUCCAGAAAGGAGAGAGUUAAUAACGCUGUGCUGAGGCCGGAAGCCGGAUGUGGAUGUGCGGCAUAUUAAUUUUUGUCCGCGGAUAAAACCGACCACGGGAGAUCGGAUCUAUCGUGUUCUCGUUUCACGAUCGGCUUUUCUCUUUCGCGACUUCCGUUCGCGCACACCAUUGUUAUAUAAUAGAGAAUUUUUGCGAGCAGUAUACUUCGAAGCACGGUAAAAGCGGAAGUCCCCUACGCUCGAUACGUCUAUGAAUCAUCAUGACAGUUUUCACCUGAAAUUUAUAUUAUUAUUUAUAUUCGGGACAUUUGCAUUUACCAUAUUCGAAAUACGCUAUUGCAAAAAAAAGUCUAUAAUGUCCCGCGUGCUCGCGUAGAAUGAUGCUAUAGCGGGAUAUCACUCGGAUACGAAUGUAUCGGCUUUGUCGUACGUAGACUUUAGCACAUUAGAAUCAAUAAUGCAAGUUGCGGUGGAAAUGAAUAACAUGAGAGAAUUUCCCUGUUCUUUAUAUAUUCAAUGCCCCUCGUGAUACAUCGACUCACAGUAAUCAAAACUUCGAAGAACUUAUAUAUAGAUUAUUGUAGAUGGGACCUAAUCAAUAUUCUGUUUUGUGCAAAAUAAUUUUUUGUAAAAUAAUAAACUGUAAAGAAUACAUAGACUUAAACAUAUCGAAUUAUGCGAUUACAAUUAAUGAAUAAUUAGAUAUUUUACAUAAAAAAUUAUAAUAGAAUAAAACUAACAAUUUUCCUUUUAAUAAUUUGUAAUCAAGAGCUAAACUUUGUUGUAGAAUGAUGUUGUAAAUAGUAAUCGAAAUGAUCGUCGAAAUCGAGCUUAUGCAAAUCUAUCUUCUAUCAUUGAAUACGAAAAUGACUGGUGAUUGCGCUAUCCAUUUAUACUUUAAAUUAAUUAAUUUCGUCCUGCUUGAUCGCACUGCCUGAUAAAGCUGCCAUUCACUGUCGUCACCUGUGAGUCACUCUAUCAUCAUCGAUUUCGAAACACUGCCUUAGCGCUACUACACGAAACUACUUUUAAGUCGCAUUAAAAUGUAUCUAUUCCAUCUUGAUGGAGGGAAUAGGUAAUAUUUAAUAAUGAGAGCAUUAUAAAUGUUUGUUUAAUCUUUUUACGUACGACGAUUUUGUCGGCCGAUGAUUCCGAACGAGAGGUAUCCUUGCAAAUUUUUGCGAUUUUCUCUUGUCGAUAAAGUGGAAUAUUAAUUUAAAACUUCUUUCGAGCUAAUCGCAAAGAGUUUAAUUGUUGGCUGUUUAUUUGCUGUUCGAGAACCGAGCGAAACGUCGCGUUAUUCGCGAAAGAACGUGAAUUUUUUUUAAGGUACUACGCGUGCUUUCUCCGAAGUUUUUUCAGUACAGUAUUUUUCAAUUUAAUUUGACCAUUUAUGACUGGAUUUUUAGUUAUAGAAAAUUAUAUAAACCAGUAAAUAUGGAAAAUAUUGGUUAAAAAAAACAACAGAUGAACAUAUAACUUUCAAGUUACAGGACAUAAUAAAAAUUAAUUAUAACGAUUUAUUUAAACGAGAAAAACUUUUGAAUUUUUUCUCGUACAUUUUGCUAUGAAAGAAAAAGUUUAAUUUCGAAUCAAGCGAAGAAAGUUAAAUAAAAUAAAAUCAAUAUUUUUAUUCAUUUUAAUCAAAAAUUUCAUCAUUCGUUUUCCUAUUAGCAAAAAAUUAAUAUGGAAAUCUGAAAACUUGUAUUAUGUCGCAAGAAACUUAUUUUUCGUUGUAAUAAAAAUUGUUCGUGAAAUUCUGUGGAAAGCAACGUUUGAGAAAUGCUGUUCUGACGGCUUCGGCGAUCACGCAACAAAUGUGUGCGCACUUCACUACGUCGUGCUCGCACGGUUCUCGCCGAAGUCUGUAUAUUUUGUUAAUUAGAUCGUAGCGAUAUAGAGGUGCAUUUUUUAUAAAGAUUGUAUAAGCAUUGGUUGAUUUGCACGCGAUGGUAAUUUUAUGCGAGAAUCUAUAAGUCUCGCUAACAGAUUCGUAUCCGUAAUCUCUUUCGUUGAAACGUUUUUACGAAGAGAUGUGUUACUUAACCAACGUUUAUAUAAAUAUAUAAAUAGAAAAACUAUAUAUAUUAUAUAUAUAUAUAUUAUACAUACCCAACGACUCUUUGUAAUAUUCUGUACAGUUUAUUACGUAUAACAUUAUUCACGCGCGCUUGUCAACGCUCGUUGUUGUAUAUGGGCGGUUAUUUAUUUUUUAUUUAAUGUACAAAGCGAUAUACUUGCGAUUUGACACAUCUUGACAUUGUUGCGUACACACAAUAUACGUACACAUACAUACACUUUCUCUCACAUUUUCGAGAUUUUUUUGAAUAAAUCUGACACAUAGGGACACUCAAUUUUCCGAUAAAUUGUGUGAUUCUUAUUGAUUUCAUUCAUGUUACGGUUAUCAAAGAGUAAUCGAUAUGCGAAUGUGCGAUAAUUUACGAUUGCUCAACAUAUAAGAUAAGUUAUAGAUUUAUGAAUUUAUUCAGCGAUUUAUGAUUCUGUAAUGUAUUUUUUUAAUGAAGUUAUUUGAUUUUACCAAAGUUCUUAUCUCCAGUUUAUUGGUUAAUUAAUUGUAAUUAUCAUUACCAUAUCGUAAAACUGAUUAUUAUUUGCCGCUUUACUUUAAUCAGCUGCACGAUACGAAUAAAUAUAGAUGACGUGCCUAGUAAACUCGUGAACGUUCUCAAGGGCUAAACGAACGUUUUGAACGAUACGAUCUGCAUGGCGAUUUGCAUUCGAUUCGAAAGCUUCUCCUGAUAAUUUCCAUUUAAAUGACUCUCGACUCGGAUUUGUUCUUUAUUCUACCUCAUUUCGAAAUCAAACGAAACGGAAGUGUCCCUAAACACGCGCUGUUGCCGAUUUCAAUUUUGCAUCGAUAUUAACAGGAAAGAAAAGAAGAAACGGGGAGUUUUGUUGUAGCUAAAAUCAAUUUCAAAUUUUUUUCGUCGAAUUCAUAUUUUUCGGUGUUAGAUCGGAAAAGAUUUACCCCUCCUUCAUCCCUCCCUGCUCUCCCUCCUAGUAUAGCGCGAAAUUUCAAAGUAGGCGCGACUAAUCGGUAUCGGACACGUAGGUACGUUUUACAAUUUAAUACUAACUGGUAAUUCGUAAAUGUCAUAGGAAAAUCUGUGUGUGUGUGUAGAGAAGACCUUAGGGCAAUCGAAUGGCCGUGUAUUAAGCCUUAAGUAGUCGGGAUUCUCGAGUUAUGAAUCGCAAUAUCCAGUUCAGUUCGCAGUAAAUUUCCACAAGCGGCGAAUCGAAUUUAUCAGCAAAAAAGAAGGUUAAAAUUAUUUUAUGGAUAUAAUAAAUGACUUAUAACUUCAUAAAUGUUACUUUCUUUUCGUUGAUAAUUUUAUUCGUGGAGAUUCUCUGAAAAGUUAUAUCAUAAAAAACGCGAAUUCCCAUCAUCGACUACUUAAGGGUCACAAGCAGCGUGGAAGAUCAUUCGUUCGUAAAAACCACACUGUACUUGUCGAAUCGAAAUUGCUGAGAACUGCAGUAUAUAUUGCUUUACAAAUAUUGUGUUCCGAUUGGACCCGGUUCAAUCCGGUGGUCCCGGCGAGAAUGCGGGGAAUUAUUGUACAUCCCGGCGAUGGAAAGCGAUCGACGUUGCCGGACGAUAAAUCCGUGCAUGACGUCGUGCCUCCUAACUGUGCUCGAUGGCACGUAGUUGUUCGGCAAACUAUUUUCGAUAACUCGCAACACCACGCCGGACAAUUAUUACGCAAAAGAGACCUGCCACCGCAGCGUUUUUUCCCCCGAUAACCCGUUAUCCGUGCGCGGGCGAGUUUCUGCCACAGAGUUACCGGAUAUUUCCGAGAAAUUUGUUCGUUUAAAAUGGAGCGCCCACAUCGGCGGUAAGUUUGUACGAGACACGUCGCGUUUAAAGUGUUCUGCCUGCGAGAAUGCGAGAGAGCGCGGCAGAGUUUUUCCACGGAAGCUUCAGAUUUUUCCUUCAAAGUGGGAUUUUUUGAAAUGAAUAAAUCAUUCGUUGAAGGUAUCGACCAUACCGAUGGGAUCCGACAGCGCAUUAUCAUCUGGCACGUCGAUCGAUACAGUUUUCUUCUCGAUGGAGGACCUACGCGCAACAACAUCAUCCACAUUUAAAGCACAUGUAGCCGCAGUCAGAAAUUCCGACUGAUUCCGCGGAUUCGACUGAUUCCGCCAUAGUUUUUUUCUCUUUUCGAUUCUAUCUCUCUGUCUUUCUCUCCUUCUCUCUUCAUUGCGCGGACAUGCGUGUUUGAUCUGCUGAACAACGGACGAUUUUUAACCUCGUCAAAUGGCUCGUAAUAAUCGAUGCGCGAUGAGCGAAGGACGACGCGAUGUAACGUCCUCGCUCGAGGAGCUGACGUCGUCGACGGAUGCCGGGGAUCCAGGCGGGUUCUCUCAUCGCGAAUCGUCGGCGACGUGAAAUGGGUGCUAAAGAACCGCCGGUGAUAUGAACAGAACAAUCAAGCGAAGCGUCACGAGUAAAUGUCCUUUAAUAAACUGGGAUAAUUAUUAUGUUAAGUAACAUAGCGCGACGUGUUACGCCAUUUAUACUCGACGAUCUUGUAUUGUACGUAGAUAUGUUAGGCAUAUCUUUCUUUCGUAACGAUUCCUGGCGUUCACCAUCUCUUCGACAACGUCUGAGGCGAUUUUCAAAAGUCUUUCGAAGAAGUUCGAAACUUCGAACUUCUUUACACUCCAAUUGAUCUGUUAUUUUCAUUGAUAAAAUGUGAAUUUGGACAUUUAGAGUAUUUCUAUUUUAUCUUUUUUGAUAACCAUUAAUAAAUCGAGUUCUAUUUCAGUGUUGUUUAAUUAGGACAAUACAGUAAUUUUAAUAAUUACAACAAAAUUGUUUUUCAUGACGGUAAUAUACAAAAGUUUUAUUAUGCAAACUGUGUGAAAAAUAUUUUCUCUUGAAAGCAAAAUUCACGUUGCGACGCUGGAAAAUCGAAUUUCGUGGCGUCGUGAAGUGUACUGACGCCUUCCACCUUCCAACCAUUUCCAACAAAAAUGUUUAUUCCAUCGGGAGUACCGAACCAAAUUCGAGUGGAUAUGAUUCCCGUUUUGAAGCGCGCGGGAAAGUCGGUCGGCGUCAACGUCGCCGCGAGCUUGACGAAAACGACGGUGAAUGCUGGGAAAUCGAAAAUGUAUGUAUUGUACGUAGAGGAUUAGCGAUCGUCGGCUCGAGUUUCGCGUCCUUUGUUGUAAAAAAAAACAGCGACGCGAACGUACGCGGCGAUCGGAGCGGUAAUGCGUAAGCGCGAGAGUGCAUAUAAGGAAACCGAGCGUAUAGCGUGUGCGUGUACAUAGAAUAUCCUGUAUAUAGUUUUAGAUUUAAAUGACGUCCGGGGAACCUCAUAGGCACCUUACUACACACUCGAUACCUAUUUCGGAUAGGUGUGGCUGAAAACACAUACGUGGCAUCUUAUAUCUUUAUAAUAUACAUACACCGAGCGCCCUAUCCUUCCAUAAUGCUCUUACAUUAGAUUUAUACCUAUCCGAUUUACACUCGAUAUUAACAUCUAAACGCUACACUAUCAUCUACACUGUAACAAAUUGUAUUAUAUUUUAUAUAUAUAAAUAUGUAAAUGUUUUUUUAA